CCAAUGGGCGCGGCGCUGGCAGGUGCCCGCGCGGUUAUCUGCGCCCCGGGGCGCGGCGCGCACGGUCCCACGGUCCCGCGGUCCCGCCGCCGCCCCGGGCCGCGCAGCGCCGCCGCCGCCGCCGCCCCGCCGCGGGCGCGUGAGCACCGGGCGCGGAGCCCGAGCCGGAGCCGGAGCCCGCCGGGAGGUUCGGCCGGCGGAGCCGCGUUUCCCCGGACGCCCCUCGCCCGCCGCUUCCUGCGCUGCGUCGCCGGUGCCGCGCCCGUCGCGGGGGCGGGCGGAGCGGCGGGGCGCUGCCCCGCUGGAGCGGGCGCCGCCGCCGCCGCCGCCCCGGAGCUGGCAGCGGGAGCGAGCGCGCCGGCCCGCGGCUGCCGCCCCGCGCGGGGGCCGGAGCGGCGGCGCUGCGCUGGAGCGGGGCCCGCGCCGCGGUGACGGCGGCUGCUAGCGGCGGGGCCGAUGGACGGUACCCGGCAGAGCGCGUUCGUGCUGGGCAGCGCGCCGCUGGCCGCGCUGCACAACAUGGCCGAGAUGAAGACCUCGCUCUUCCCCUACGCGCUGCAGAACCCGCCCGGCUUCAAGGCGCCGGCGCUGGGCGGCCUCAACGCGCAGCUGCCCCUGGGGACGCCGCACGGCAUCAGCGACAUCCUGGGGCGGCCCGUGGGCCCCGCCGGCGGCCUGCUGGGCGGGCUGCCGCGCCUCGGCGGGCUGGCGGCCUCCGCCGGCGUCUACUUCGGCCCCGCCGCCGUGUCCCGCUACCCGAAGCCGCUGGCGGAGCUGCCGGGGCGGCCGCCCAUCUUCUGGCCGGGGGUGGUGCAGGGCUCGGCCUGGCGGGACCCGCGGCUCGCCUGUCCCGCUCAGGCGGGCAUGGUGCUGGACAAGGACGGCAAGAAGAAGCACUCGCGGCCGACCUUCUCCGGGCAGCAGAUUUUUGCUCUGGAGAAAACCUUUGAGCAGACGAAAUACCUGGCGGGGCCGGAGCGAGCGCGCCUCGCCUACUCCCUGGGCAUGACCGAGAGCCAGGUGAAGGUCUGGUUCCAGAACAGACGGACCAAGUGGCGCAAGCGGCACGCGGCGGAGAUGGCCUCGGCCAAGAAGAAGCACGACUCGGAGACGGAGAAGCUGAAGGAGAGCUCGGACAACGAGGAGGACGACGAGUACAACAAGCCCCUGGACCCCAACUCGGACGACGAGAAGAUCACGAGGCUCCUGAAAAAGCACAAAUCCGCCAACCUGGCGCUCGUCAGCCCCUGCAGCACCAGCUCGGAGCCCUUGUGAGGCCCGGGGGCCGCGGCGGCGUCUUGUACAGCCCGAGAUGCGAAGUAAAUCACGCCCAGGAAUUAAUCUUCGCCCCGGCUUUGAGCGCAGCGAGACGGGACGCCGGGGCCGCGGCGCAGACCCGGGGCCGGUUUCGCGGCUGCCGGGGGGCGAACGGCAGAUGAAACCCCCCGCGCUUGAAAGCCGGAUUCCUCCCACCUGCUGCUCGCCGUGGUUUUGGAAAUUCAAUGUGCCCCGAGGCCCUCGGAGAUCCGUCCUGUGCGGCCGGUCUCUCUUUGCAGAGCUGCCGGCCGAGCCCCGACGGCGGCCGGACCCCCCCGCCGCGCCGCGACCCGCCCCCGCGCCCGGGCGCCGCUUUUCCCAACACGCCGAAGCGGCUUUUUACGCAUUUCUGCGGGUUGAAUCUGAGGCUCUUUCGGCUCAACGACUUACCCGGCGGGUCGCCCGCGGUGCUACGCGCUCCCGCCGCUGCAUCGGGGCAAUUCACGGCCUCGCAGUUUAUAGCUCUGCUGCGUUUACCCACAAACGAGGCCUCGGCCCGGGUUUAAAAAAAGGCAGUAGCUUCUCUGCAAGCGGGGACGAUGGCGGAGGAGCUGACGGUGGCGUUUAUGGCGCUGCUGGGGACCGGCAGCCCGCGAGCGGCUGUGCCAGCCCACGACCGCCGGUGCAUGGACACUCGGGGACUCGGGCACAGGCCCGGUCCCGCUCUGCCCUGUGCGCGGGGACGAGCGCUCACGGCCGCGUUCUGCUAUCCCGGCUUUCGUGCAAAAAAAUCAUCCUGUUAACUGGCAGGGGAUUAUUUAUUAUUAAUUAUAUUAUUAUUAAUUUCCCCGUAGU